AUGGCCGCGACGAUGGUGGAGACUCCGCCCCCACAGUUAAUUACAACUAUUGAAUGGAGUAUGAUGGAUAAAAGCAAGUUUUAUCCGUUAUAUACGUUGAGUAGUUUUACGGUCCGCUGCGCCCUCUAUCCUCUAACACUAAUAAAGACACAAAUUCAAGUGCAGCGAAAGAAAGAAGCGUAUAAGGGUGUUUCAGAUGCUAUAUCAAAAAUCUAUAGGAGCGAGGGUGUUUCUGGACUAUACAGAGGAUUUUGGCUUUCAAGUUUUCAGAUAAUCUCAGGAGUUUUCUAUAUAUCGACGUACGAAGGUGUUCGACACGAGCUUGGUAAAUACGAUGUAAAUCCGCGAAUGAAGUCUUUCAUAGGCGGUGGCUGUGCGUCAAUAGUGGGCCAAACAGUUAUAGUUCCAUUCGACGUUCUCAGUCAACACCUGAUGGUGCUUGGUCUGGUCAAAGGAAGUAAAAACUCUAAAAUUAAUCCACUCGGUCUUGAUCUUGAAAAGCGUAUGUCAAAAACGGCCCUCGCAAAAGAGGUGGCGGUUCGAGUUUACCGGUUGCAUGGUCCUUUGGGCUAUUACAGGGGCUAUGCCGCCUCCCUAGCCGCUUAUGUACCGAAUUCUGCGCUAUGGUGGGCUUUGUACACCGCGUAUCAAGAUGAAUUAUUAAAAAUAAGUCCAGUUUGGGUAUCGCAUUUACUCAUUCAGUGCAUAGCGGGUACGCUCGGCGGGUUCACGACCACCAUUCUGACGAACCCCUUAGAUAUUGUUAGGGCGAGGUUACAGGUCGAAGGCGUAGGUACAAUGAAGCAAGUGUUCAAAGAGCUUUGGCGAGAAGAGGGCCUCAUAGGCCUCUACGCUAAAGGCCUUUCAGCUAGACUAGUCCAGUCCGCCUGCUUCUCUUUCUCCAUCAUCCUGGGCUAUGAGAGCAUCAAAAGGGUUUCUCUAAGUGAUGAAUAUAGAACAAGGGUUCGAUGG